UUUCCACGCCAGCCGCUCGCUUACCCCUACGCGGCCGGCAGCAUCACAGCCAUGUCUUACGUCUAUCUGCCUACGAAUCUGUGUAUGCAAAGACGUGCCGUUUCUUCAUCCAGAAUUUGGCUCGGUAAGACGGCCCCAUGAUACAUGUAUCUGUCUGUGAUGACGAAUUGGCUACGCAGGCCAUUUCAAGCCUUUCUUUGCUGAAGUUGCAUGGGCCUUGCCGUAGCCAGUGAGGGAUAUAAAUAAAGUCAAGACGUCCAUAGAUAUGGCGUCUGCUCAUUACCACAUAAGGCUUCUUUCUGCUCACUACAAUCUUCGUCGCCAACUUUCACGCUUGCAUUGCAGCUUUGGGUGUUUACAUUCUGCAUCUCGAUUCAUAUCACUUCACUUCACUAUCUCGAAGACAUACAGUCAAUCUCUAAGAUGAAGUACUCGACCUUCCUCCCCAUCGCAUAUCCCGCUGUCGUCGCAGGACAGUGGUGGUACGGGGCUCCUGAAUGCGCUCAAUCCUGCCUAUCUUCCGCAUGGGCUGGACCCUCAGACACCACCACGAGCUGGUGGCCGCAACAGUCCGAGUAUUGUAAUGAGGACAAGGGCAAGUCCAUCGGGGACUGCAUUGACAGCGCCUGCAGCGCCACGUCGACCGCGUACACCUCAUACAGCUCCCUCUCCUCCUCGCUCUGCUCUCGAUACGCAUCGUGCACCAGCGCUGGCAGCACCGGCGUGCAAACCAUCACCUACCCCGGUGGCCCCGUGACGUGGGCUCCUGCUGGCGGCUGGGGAGGCAAGUUCAACCCCGGCGGACAUCCCGGCGCACCCCAAUGGGGCGGUCCGAACGGCUCCGACUACAGCCACUACUGGUCCGACUGGGCGUCCGCAUACAGUGGGUCGAAGACGUGGUCGGGUGGUGUCGUCACCGUCACUGGCUGUGCCUUCGAUGGGUCGCCCUGGUUCGUGGGACCUAACUGUGGCUGGAACGGCCUCGGCGGCUUCAACGGCUUCGUGGGUUGGGGUUCCGGCUGGAGCUGGGGUCCCACGCAGACUGGGACUGUCACUGUCACUACAACUGACGCCGACGGCAAGACGACCACCGAGACGGGCGUUGGCACGGUCGCCGUCGCCAUCAGUGGCACGCUCACCACCUCCUCGAUUGUUGGCAAGAUCGCUGAGGAGACGGGCAGCUCUGACAGCUCUGACAGCUCUCAGCACAACGCUGCGCACCGCUUGGGAGGUGCUGGGCCCGAGGGCUCGAUUGUUACUGUUUUCCUGGGCGUUGGGCUCGGAACAGUCCUCGCUGUUGCCGGUAUGUUAUAAAUCAGAUAAGAGUGCGUUAUCAUCGCGCUCCAUUCAUGCCGGGAUAUAGCCCCAACAUGUCUAUUUUGAUCCUUUACACUGUUGAAAUAAUUGCAUUAAUAUCGCUCAUAAUCGCUUCCUGUCUUGUGUGAGCUCGAAUCUUAUAUAAUAUGGUCAGCACGUUUUGGGAGCCGAGGGUUCUCCACAG